UGAGUCACCUAUAAAUAAACAUCUUAUGUUGUCCUCUCUAUUUCAAGAGAAGUUACAACAAAAAAUCGAUACAUUGAAUUAUAAUGGAGAAGAAAGUUAAAGAAAUCCCAUCAGAAAUUGUGUUCCAAAUUUUAGGUUGGCUACCAGUUAAAUCUUUGAACAGAUUUAAGUGUGUAUCAACAUCUUGGUCUUCCAUGAUUUUUCAACAUAGGCCUUACGGCCACAUAGUCGUAAAUGUCACGUCGGAUAACACUCGUUGCGCCCCUCGAUCGGGUUCCAUGAAAGCCGGUCUCUUUUGUGGGCCCAUCCGUGCCCUCACCUCUUCCAGAGAGCAGAUUCAGGAUUUAAACGUGGAAACGUUUGUUGAACAAUUAAGUUUGCCCUAUUUGUGUUAUGAAAACAUUACUCCAGUUGUAAACGGACUUGCUUGUCUUUACACGGGCCAUCAAGUUUCACUUUUUAACAUGUUUACUUGCGAGAUUAUGAACCUUCCCUUGUCAAGUUUACAUCCUGAAUCUAGUAAAAUUUGGUAUGCACUUGGUUUUGAUCCUAUCGACAAUGUGUACAAAUUGUUUAAAGUUUGUGCCAUUCCUAAACCUAAUCAGAGAACCAAUUACUACGAAGAUGAUUGUGGCAAUAAAUCUGACCUAGUCUACGAGGUCCUCACUUUCGAUACAAGUUCAAUAUCAGAAGGGAAAUGGAGAGAGGAAAUUGAUAAGGAAUACCAUUGCGAAUUUUCUAAUGUCAAUGGUCAGAGUUACUUUGUAAAUGGGAUAAUAUUUUGGAAGUUUAAUGGCCGUAUUAUUUCAUUUGAUGUCCACCAAGAAAAAAUCAACAUUGUUGAACCUCCACCAGUGGCUCCAACUAGAAGAUUUGGUCAAUUUGAGGGGCACCUAGCACUAUCUUAUACACAUAAAGAUGCUCCAUCAUAUGAUUCUUGGAUUUUGGACAUUUGGAUGUUAGAAGAUCAUGAAAAUUCUAAAUGGACCAAGGUUACUAUUAAAUUGCCGUCACAUGUUGAGAAAUACUUUUAUGAGGCUACACCUAUUGGGAAUUUUCCUUCUGGUGAAUUGGUACUAUCUUGCUUUGAAUCUCAAAAGGUGGACAACUUUUUUUACACUUAUGAUCCAAUCAAGAGAAAAUUCACAAGAUUGAUGAUUGAUCUUCCUAGAUCACUAGCAUUGGCACGUCGAACGGAAUAUCCUGCUCAUAUGGCUUGUCUUUUCGAGAAUAUGUCUAAUAUGAACACUCCAUUGGAUGAUUUAGUUGCCGGUAGCAACAAGUGA